AUGGAAGGAGGAGCGAGCGGCAGCGCAGGAGCGGCGACGGCGGGUUUGUCCACCACGGUAGCGCCCGUUACCGCAGGCCAGGUAUUCUCCAGCCGCCAUGCCGCGAAGGUCGCCGUAGCCGCUGAGCUUGCUGCCACUGGCCGUUCCAUGAAGAAUGGAAAGGGUGCCGGUAGUCGGCAAAUUCACCUGAUUUGCAAGACUUGUACAAGUUGGGUUGUGAAAGGCUGCCUACAGAAGGGGGGUGAUUUCAAAAUCACCAAGGUAGAGGGCUCGCAUGUCGACUGUGCUGGGGGUGGGCGGACGAGCUCCGCAGUGGUACAACCCCUGGUGGACCAGUUGGUUAGGGCCAACCCCAAGAUCGCCGGUCCCGCGAUCAAGAGGACCCUGAAGACCGUGGGGUUUACCGUCUCCGACCGGCAAUCACAACGCGCGAAGAAGCGCAUUGCGACCGCGUCUAAAGAGGAUGAAGCGGGUGCCUACAGACAUCUUAUUCGAUAAAGGCUGACCAUUUGACUACAUGACUGUGCACGUAGUCAAAUGGUCAGCCUUUAUCGAAUGAAAGAUACACUCUCGGCUCGUAGCCAAUCCCAGUGUAUCUGACAGGGUGUAGUGAUCUCCGGGGACGGACCCCUCGCCACAAGUUGCUGCUUGUUGUUGACUUCACAUUAAACCGUAUGCCAGUUGCUAAAUGCCAAAAUCUAGCAAAGACUCUCGGCCCGUGGUCACGAAAGUGCUGGAGCCAUCUGAGGAUCUAAAGAACACGCACACGUAGCAAGAAAAAGGUGUACAAGAGCCCGAAGAGGCUGACCAUUUGACUACGUGCACGAUGAUCGUGCACGUAGUCAAAUGGUCAGCCUUUAUGGAAUAUCUCUAACCCUAUAAGUCUAAUUUAGUAUGGACAGCGGGUUCUUCUAGUCCCGCGUGGCUUUUUUUGUAGAACAACCAUACUGAUUUUUUACACUGGGUGACACCUGUUCUGGCGUGCUUAGCAGAAGGGCCAUGCACAACCUUUCACGGCGUGCUGGUGCCUAAGCCCUUGCAAGGGAUAGGCCUACGUCCUCAAUGGCGGCAAAGGCUCGUUUAUGACCUGACGGCAGUGCUAGACGUUGCAUGAUGUGUGUUCUGUUGAUGUGCAUUUUGUGUCCUCAGCAACAUGCGUUCAGCCGCGUUUGCCGGAUCGCAUCCGAUCCUGCGUGUUUCUAAUGUUGUUGUUGUGUUGCCUACUGAAAGGCACCGGAAGGGCACUGAUCAAACGGGUAGGACACUGUUAGAUUGCCCAUAUCUCGGGGAGAUGCAUUCGUGGUACCAGAGAGAGAGA